AUGGAGAACCAGACCCUAGAAGUGGGGUCUGAGAGAGGCCAGUCAGGGGGAGGGUUGAGGAUUCUGCAGAAGAGCCUCAGCGCACAGAUCCGCCUGCUCUUCUGUGCCCGCGAGGAGGCCGAGCCUGUGUUCCGGGCAGCGGAGGAAGCUGGCCUCACGGGGCCUGGCUACGUCUGGUUCAUAGUGGGGCCCCAGCUGGCUGGAGGUGGGGGCUCCGGCGGCCCUGGGGAGCCCCUUCUUCUGCCAGGAGGCACCCCACUGCCUGCCGGGCUGUUUGCAGUGCGCUCUGCUGGCUGGAGGGAUGACCUGGCCCGGCGUGUGGCAGCUGGCGUGGCCGUGGUGGCCAGAGGAGCCCAGGCCCUGCUGCGUGACUAUGGCUUCCUGCCCGAGCUCGGCCAUGACUGUCGCGCCCAGAACCGGACCCAUCGAGGGGAGAGUCUGCAUAGGUACUUCAUGAAUAUUACCUGGGACAACCGGGAUUACUCCUUCAAUGAGGAUGGCUUCCUGGUGAACCCCUCCCUGGUGGUCAUCUCCCUCACCAGGGACAGGACCUGGGAGGUGGUGGGCAGCUGGGAGCAGCAGACUCUGCGACUCAAGUACCCGCUGUGGUCCCGCUACGGCCGCUUCCUGCAGCCGGUAGAUGACACGCAGCACCUGACGGUGGCCACGCUGGAGGAGAGGCCCUUCGUCAUUGUGGAGCCGGCCGACCCCAUCAGCGGCACCUGCAUCCGAGACUCGGUGCCCUGCCGGAGCCAGCUCAACCGCACCCACAGCCCUCCGCCAGACGCCCCCCGCCCGGAAAAGCGGUGUUGCAAGGGCUUCUGCAUCGACAUUCUGAAGCGGCUGGCGCAGACCAUCGGCUUCAGCUACGACCUUUACCUGGUCACGAACGGCAAGCACGGGAAGAAGAUCGACGGCGUCUGGAACGGCAUGAUCGGGGAGGUGUUCUACCAGCGCGCGGACAUGGCCAUCGGCUCCCUCACCAUAAACGAGGAGCGCUCCGAGAUCGUGGACUUCUCCGUCCCCUUCGUGGAGACGGGCAUCAGCGUGAUGGUGGCGCGCAGCAACGGCACCGUGUCCCCCUCGGCCUCCCUCGAGCCCUACAGCCCCGCUGUGUGGGUGAUGAUGUUCGUCAUGUGCCUCACCGUGGUCGCUGUCACUGUGUUCAUCUUCGAGUACCUCAGUCCUGUGGGUUACAACCGCAGCCUGGCUACCGGCAAGCGCCCUGGUGGCUCAACCUUCACCAUUGGAAAAUCCAUCUGGCUGCUCUGGGCCCUGGUGUUCAAUAACUCAGUGCCCGUGGAGAACCCCCGGGGUACUACCAGCAAAAUCAUGGUGCUGGUGUGGGCCUUCUUCGCCGUCAUCUUCCUCGCCAGCUACACAGCGAACCUGGCCGCCUUCAUGAUCCAGGAGGAGUACGUGGACACCGUGUCUGGGCUCAGUGACCGAAAGUUCCAGCGGCCCCAGGAGCAGUACCCGCCCCUGAAGUUCGGGACCGUGCCCAACGGGUCCACGGAGAAGAACAUCCGCAGCAACUACCCCGACAUGCACAGCUACAUGGUGCGCUACAACCAGCCCCGCGUGGAGGAAGCGCUCACGCAUCUCAAGGCAGGGAAGCUGGACGCCUUCAUCUAUGACGCGGCUGUGCUCAACUACAUGGCCCGCAAGGAUGAGGGCUGCAAGCUGGUCACCAUCGGCUCCGGCAAGGUCUUUGCCACCACGGGCUACGGCAUCGCCCUGCACAAGGGCUCCCGCUGGAAGCGGCCCAUCGACCUGGCGCUCCUGCAGUUCCUGGGGGACGAUGAGAUCGAGAUGCUUGAGCGGCUGUGGCUCUCCGGGAUCUGCCACAACGACAAGAUCGAGGUGAUGAGCAGCAAGCUGGACAUCGACAACAUGGCAGGCGUCUUCUACAUGCUGCUGGUGGCCAUGGGCCUGUCCCUGCUGGUCUUCGCCUGGGAGCACCUGGUGUACUGGCGGCUGCGGCACUGCCUGGGGCCCACGCACCGCAUGGACUUCCUGCUGGCCUUCUCC